AUGCCGCAGCGCCUGGGCAUCAUAGGCCACCCUAUCGGCCACUCAAUCUCGCCGGUGUUCCAGCAGGCCGCGCUGGAUGCCAUCGGCUUUGACGGUACCUACCAGCCCUGGGAUGUCGCCCCCGAUGAGGUGGGUGAGUUUGUCGCCGGUCUGCGGGCCCCCGGCACUCUGGGUAUCAACGUGACCGUGCCCCACAAGGAAGCGGUGAUCCCGUUCCUCGACGAGGUAGACGACUGGGCCUCCACUGCCGGCGCGGUCAACACCAUCGUCAACCGCGAUGGCCGACUUACCGGCUACAACACCGACGGCAUCGGCUUCCUCCGCGCCCUGCGCGAAGGCGCCGACUUCGAACCACGGGGUCGCGACGUUUUGGUGCUGGGCGCCGGUGGUUCAGCCCGCGGGGUCGUAUACGCCCUGGCCCGUGUGGGAGUUGCCCAGAUGUUCAUCGCCAACCGCACCCUGGAACGGGCGGAGGGGCUGGCAGCUCUCUCCGUAGAUAGCGGUGCCGCCGCUGAGGCAUUGUCCCUGUCAGAUGCCCCCGGAGCCGCAAGAGAGGUGGCCCUCAUCGUCAAUUGCACCUCUAUGGGCAUGGUCCAUGGCCCGGACGAAGACGGAACGCCCCUUUCUGCCGCCGAUAUUCCGUCCAACGCCCUGGUCAAUGACCUGGUGUAUAAUCCGCUCGAAACGCCGCUGCUCCGCGAGGCCGCCAAAUCCGGCGCCGCCACUCUGGGCGGCAUCCAGAUGCUGGUCUACCAGGGCGCGGCAUCCUUCGAGAUGUGGACGGAACAGGACGCUCCCGUCGCUGUCAUGCUGGAAGCUGCCACUGCCGCCAUGCGUGCACGAGGUUAG